AGGUAUGGUACUACCGGGGUGCCAAGACACCGGUACGGCUAUUGUAGCCGGCAAGCGAGGCCAGAAUGUUCUGACAGAUGGGAAUGACGAGGCUAACUUGUCACGCGGUAUUUUCAAGACGUACACCGAGACAAAUCUGAGGUACUCGCAAGUGGCGCCGCUCAGCAUGUACGACGAGAAGAACACCGGGUGCAACUUGCCGGCACAGAUCGAGCUUUACGCUACCAACGGAAACGAGUACAAGUUCCUGUUCAUGGCCAAAGGAGGGGGUUCAGCUAACAAGACCUUCUUAUUCCAACAGACGAAAGCGUUGCUCAAUCCCGAGUCUCUGGUCAAGUUCCUGGACGAGAAGGUGAAGACUCUCGGCACAGCUGCGUGUCCGCCAUACCAUCUGUCGAUUGUGAUUGGAGGACUGUCGGCCGAGAUGAAUCUGAAGACUGUCAAGUACGCUUCGGCCAAGUACCUGGACGAUCUUCCCACCACUGGCAAUGAGGGCGGCCGUGCAUUCCGGGACCUCGACAUGGAGAAGCAAAUCCACGAACUGACCCAAAAAUCAGGAAUUGGGGCCCAAUUUGGCGGAAAGUAUUUCGCACACGACGUGAGGGUUGUUCGUUUGCCGCGCCAUGGCGCUUCGUUGCCCGUGGGCUUGGGAGUCUCAUGUAGUGCCGAUCGACAGGU